AUGAGAACUGCUAUACCUGCACAAGCUGACCUCGGUCAAAUUCAAGACACAUUCGAGGUCCUGGCACACACCCACAAGGAUGAUCUAUGGCGUGUUAACAAACAGAUUCACGGAAACCCCGAGCCACAUUAUGAAGAGGUGCAAGCCCAUGACAACAUUUCCGGUUUGCUAAAAAGCCUUGGAUAUACCGUCACGCCUCAUGCAUACGAAGUCUCCACAGCCUUUCAAGUCGAGUUUGGCACUGGAGGUGGACUAGUGAGUUAUAAUGCAGAAUACGAUGCCCUCCCCUGUGAAAACAACGGAUACCACCAUGCAUGCGGACACAAUCUCAUUGCCACCUCCUCCAUCGCCGCUUUUCUCUUUACUGCGGGCUUGCUCAAGGAAACUGGGAUUCAAGGUCGGGUCCGAUUGCUAGGUACACCAGCUGAAGAGUCGGGUGGUGGCAAAAUCGACUUGAUCGAAGCUGGUGCUUAUCGCGGCGUGGAUGCUAGUCUUAUGGCCCAUCCAUCCAACGAUAUCGAGUCCUUCGAUGGCAUCAGCUGUCCCAAAACUCUGGCCAUUAAUUCAGUCAAGAUCAAGUUCCACGGAAAGGAGGCCCAUGCGGCAGCCUCUCCGUGGGCUGGAAUCAAUGCACUCGACGCUGUUGUUGCAACAUACAAUAACAUCGCGAUGUUGCGACAGCAACUGCCUUUGACAGAACGUGUUCACAGCAUCAUUAGCAAUGGCGGCGAAAGACCUAACAUCAUUCCGGGACUUGCGGAGAUGGAGCUCUACGCACGGGCUGCAACCGAUGCGGAAUUGGAAACGCUUUGCAAACGACUUGAGGGCUGUAUUUACGGCGGCGCGCAGGCAUCUGGAUGCAAAGUUGAAUUAACAUGGGAUCGGGCAUAUAAAAACUUGCGAAAUAAUGAGACAAUUGCCAAGGUCUUCACCGACUCUAUGCGAACCAUGGGGAAAACAUUUCAACACAAAUUGGAAGAAAAUAUUGGAGGCUCAACUGAUCAAGGAAACGUGACCCACGAGAUUCCCGGUAUUCAUCCGAUUUUUGUUAUCCCUACUCCAGAGGGUGAUACUGGACCGCAUACAUCUGGAUUUGCGGAAGCUGCAGGCACAUACGACUCGUUUCUGCGAGCAUUGGACGUUGGAAAGGGUCUUGCAACUGCUGGUUACCAAAUUCUGGCAGACCCUCAACUGAGAGAGCAGGCUUGGAACGAACAUGCAAAUAAAUGA